AUGGACAGCGGCUACGCUGCGGGCUACGCGCGCCGCGCGCAGCUGGGGGAGUCGAAGAGCAAUGACCGAAAACGGCUCCUGACGGAUCGCAAUGCUUACAUUGCAGCUCGGAGUUGGAGUGUGGAGAACUUCAAUGCGGCCUACUUGGAGGUCGAAACUCUGCAAGAGGAGCUCCGGCUGGUGAAAGGCCGAAUGGAUCUGCUGGAGGAGAGAUUCGAGACCUCUCAGAGAAGCGUCGAGAUGGUGAAGGCCACGCUGAGACACGAGGCAGGACAGGCAGACCGGCAAGAUGCCUUGGAGCACAUGCACCGUCUCGAGUCCCGUGCGCUGCGCUUGGAGCAGUUGGUCUCCGAUAGUCGGAGCACGGUGGAGGCGGACAUGGCAAGGCUGCGCAAUGAGCUCUCCUUGUCAGUCCAGGAGCUCACGGACCGCUUCGACGAGCGUUUGCGCGCCUCGCGCGAGCGCUACGAGGAGCGCCUGCAGGCGCUGCAGGACUUCUCCAACGACGAGGCGGCGCUGGUGAUCCGCGAGGCGCAGCAGACCUGCGUGCGCCUGGCGGACGACGCCCUGGCAGCGGCCAUGAGUUCCCAGAAGAAGGUGGAGGAGGUCUCGCUGAAGGCCUCCUCCGCCGAGCGGAGGCUCGAGGACACGAAGCAGGAGACGGAGGCUGGCAUGGAGGCGCUGCGCUUGCAGAUCGUCGGGCUUCAAGCCGACUUCGCGGGGUUCCGCGCCACAGGCGAGGCCCGAUGGGAAGGCGGAUGCGCUAGCAGAUGUUUUGGAACAUCGGCUGGCCAGUCGCUUGGGGCAUCAAGUUCUUCAGUUGAGCGAAGUGCUGCAGCGCGUCGUGCAGUCCCAGGCCGCCUUGAGCCAACAGCUCACAGGACCUCGGGUGACCGACCCAAGCAAUGCCCUGGUGGUGGGCGAUAA